CAAGCUCCCGCCCUCCCUCCUUCCUUUUCCGCUGUAGGACGUUAACGUGCCUAAAGGUGCUCGGUUCUUCACCAGAAGCUAAGGCCCACAAUCCGGCGACUAGCACCGUCUAAUUUAGGCAUCCAACGCGAGAAACCCCAAAUCUACCAUCUACAAUGGCCUCCGUGUCCGAGCUCGCCUGUAUUUACUCCGCUCUGAUCCUCCACGACGAUGAAGUCACCGUCACCGAGGACAAGCUGAACGCUCUGAUCAAGGCGGCAGGAGUCACUGUGGAGCCUUUCUGGCCAAGUCUCUUCGCCAAGGCUCUUACCAGCGUCGACAUCGGCAGCCUGAUCUGCAACGUCGGAGCCGGAGGUGGAGCUCCAGCUGGAGCCCCCGCUGCUGGAGCUGCUGCUGCUGGUGACGCCCCAGCCAAGGAGGAGGAGAAGAAAGAGGAGAAGAAGGAAGAGUCCGAGGAGUCCGAUGACGACAUGGGCUUCGGUCUCUUCGACUAAAACGUCUGUUUUUCUAAGAAAACACAAUAAAACUACAAAAAUGA